CUUUGGUUAGAUAGGUCCGCCAUCUUUGAGGCCGGUUGAAUAUGGCGCUUUUAUCAUCAUGCCUACCCCCGUCCCCGCCGGCCGGGCCGCCAGCUGCCAAAAAAAAGCGAGCAGCUUCGAGGGCUUGCGCAUGAACGACAUCGGGGGCCGCGGCGCCUCCAAAUCCGGCUACGCGCUGGGGGCUCCGGCUCCGGCGACGCCCUGGCAGCUCGUGCGCAUCGCCCUCCGUGGCGUCUUCGGCGGGCGCCUAUCCAGGUGCCGAUCGUCGAGGGAGAGCGAGCGCCCACUGUUUCCUCCGGAAGCCAAGAAACAGGGUGGCCCGUGCUCUAAUAAUGGCGGAGCGCCUGGAGCGCCUGGGGGAAAGCGGAAUACCGUCCAGGAUGGCGCCGCGGUUUUCCUUGGCCUCUCUGCCUGUCGCCGCCCCGCCUUCGCCGGCGCGCGCCUGGCGGGCGGGACCGUUUUCGUGUCGCCGCGCCGAUGGCGGCGCCGCGCGGCGCCUUGCCCUUGGGGGAGGAGCCGCCGCCCCCCCCGAGGGAGGCAGGCUGGCUCUCUGGGGCCCGGUCGCGGUGUUGCCCUCUAGCACAAUGCGCCCCGGGGUGUGUUGUGUGUCCCUGCCGCACUCCCCGCCCGCCCCAAGCAAGCCCGGCGGCCGAGCGCCUGGUGGCGCUUGCGAUGUUCGUUGUGUUGGCCCCGUUUGCAGGCGCGCUGGCCCCGCCCCUCCCGGGCUGUUCCGUCCGUCAUUGUUUUGUGGCGCGGUCUUCAUCGUGUCGUCGCUAUGUGUGUCUGUGUGGCAGGCUGGCUGCCUGCGUGCUGGCACGUAUGGAGGGGUCUGUCAGUGUCGCCGGACCGGCCGGUCGCGUCCGCGCAGGGGGGGAGCGCGCGCGGGCCCGCCUUUGUUAUUAUGAAGCAUAUGCAAU